GCGUAAUUUUAUAACUUUUUAUCCAAAUACAAUGAUUGGAUAAGAUCUGAAAUUAGCAUAGCGACAGACACGUCAUGAAAGAUGAAACAAGAUAGAUAAGCUCACGCCUCCACUCCCCGCGGCGGCGCAACACCACAAAAACCACCAUCCUACUCGAUCUUCACGCCUAUAUAUAUACAUAUAAUCCAAAAUAGAGAUGGUCCUGCAAAACGCUUUUUUUAUUUAUAAUUUAUCCGUACAACAUUUGGUAUUAUCCUGUUCAUUCACGCCUUUAGCAAUCUCUCUUUGACUUCGAAAGCUAAAAAUCUGAUCCCAUCUGAGAUAGAGAAAGUUUUCUGGGUUUCGUUCAUCUUCUGCGCUAAAUUUGUGAAGUUUCUGCAAUGGCUGCUGCGGUGGGAAGGAUUGGAGGGGGGGUUGGGGGUUACGGUUCAGGCUCUGGGUCAUUGGAGCGGUUGAGGAAUUCUGGGAAGAAGCGCAGGAACGAGAAGGAUGGGUUCAGAGUCUCCUGCAUUUCUUCUCCUUCCGUGGCUGAUCCCUACAAGACUCUCAGGAUUCACCAUGGUGCCACUGAAUCUGAGGUCAAGAAAGCUUUCAGACAGCUUGCUCUUAAGAUAGUUAUGAGUCAUUUGAGAGGCGAGGCGAGGCUGCCACAGACCGAGAUGUACAAGCAAUAUGAUGAAGCAGGGAACGAUGAGCAGAUGGGAGGGAUGUACGACCCCGAUGAUCUCUGGGAAGAAUGGAUGGGGUGGGAAGGAGCCGGGAUUCGCGACUAUACUUCCCAUAUCAACCCUUACAUCUGAAUCUGGACUUUGAUCCACCUUUCUUGUGGCCAAAACCCACCAGCUGGGAAACAGGUGGUUGAGCUUUCUGUACAGAAUGAAGUUGUAGUCUCAGGAGUUUAGUUUUUCUGAUAUCAGAAGUUGUACUAUCUUAUCUUUUCCCACUGUAAAUACCAUUAUUAAAACUCUGAUAUUCAAUCAAAAUGAAUAAGAAGUGCCAUCUUCUUCGUUAAUCUUUA